AUGCAGAUCUUUGUCAAGACUCUCACUGGCAAAACCAUCACCCUCGAGGUCGAGUCCUCGGAUACCAUUGACAAUGUCAAGGCCAAGAUCCAGGACAAGGAGGGUAUUCCCCCCGACCAGCAGCGCCUCAUCUUUGCCGGCAAGCAGCUCGAGGAUGGCCGCACUCUGUCGGACUACAACAUCCAGAAGGAGUCUACUCUCCACCUCGUCCUCCGUCUGCGCGGUGGCAUGCAGAUCUUCGUCAAGACGCUGACGGGCAAGACGAUCACCCUCGAGGUCGAGUCGUCGGACACCAUCGACAACGUCAAGGCCAAGAUCCAGGACAAGGAGGGUAUUCCCCCCGACCAGCAGCGCCUCAUCUUUGCCGGCAAGCAGCUCGAGGACGGCCGCACACUUUCCGACUACAACAUCCAGAAGGAGUCGACGCUCCACCUAGUGCUGCGUCUGCGUGGCGGUGCCAAGAAGCGCUGCCAGAACGGCGCGGGUACCGAGUCGCAGUGCAAGGAUGCAGCCAUCAACCUCGUGGGCGAGUGCCCGCACUGCAGCCUCAAGUUCUGCGGAAAGCACCGUCUGCCCGAGCAGCACAAGUGUGCGCAGGUCGAGCAGGUGCGCAACGCCGCCUUUGCCGCCAACAAGGCCAAGCUCGAGAGCGAGCGCACCCAGGCGACGCGUGGUCUCGCACACUAA